GUCAUUCAUUGUCCGUUUGAUUUUUAAUUAAUAACUUUUGUUUUUUAAACUCUAAACAUAUAUAUAGACAUUUAUUACAUAGAUUCUUCAAGUAACUGUUCGUAAACAACAUUCAUGAGUGAGUCAACAUUAAGGAACUCGUCAUUGCAAUCUAUCACGGCUGUAAAGUUUUAGAACAUCGGAAGUUGUUUACAUGCCCGCCACCACAAGUUGGAAUAGAAAUUAAUUUGUUAAAUGUGUUUUAUCAAUUAUCUUCUGGGAUAGUGUUUUGUCAAUUUCGUCAUAGUAACAAGAUUAGGUGAAAGUUGAAUCAUUAAGUUUGACAGAACGGUACCAGAUCAAAUUCAUCUAAAAUGUCUACAUCAGAGGUAGAGGAAACUAUGAAAAGGAUUCAAUCCCAUAAAGGUGUUGUUGGCACAAUAGUUGUUAAUGCCGAUGGUAUUCCUGUUAAGACCACAAUGGAUAAUACAACAACUGUCCAAUAUGCUGGCUUGAUAGGACAAUUAUCUGAUAAGGCUCGCAGUGUUGUUAGAGAUCUGGACCCCAGUAAUGAUCUUACAUUCUUAAGAAUUCGAUCUAAAAAACAUGAAAUCAUGGUAGCACCUGAUAAAGAAUUUAUUCUCAUAGUUGUGCAAAACCCAACGGACUAGGCUAUUAAAUUAUAAUAUUACUAAUUUAUUUAAUCAAAUAAUAAUCUAUUCAAUAUAUUAAAAAUAAAAAUGCAAAUUAUAUUUAUUAUUUUUUAUUUUGUAAUGCCACAAAUA